AGUCCCAACACCAAUACCAUCACCUGCAUCAAACACCUAAUAUUCCUUCCUUCUGGUUCAUCUGCAUAUUUCUACAAAUUUUGUGGCACGUAAAGGAACUGGAGACACCGACGUUUAUUCUUCAUUCAUUCAAUGAUGGAAGUGCAAAAUUCUGAACAUUCGCAUAUAAUUGAGGUAUCUGGAGAUGUGCCGACUGUGGAAAGAGGCCUGGCUGGGAGUAAGUUUUGUGGGACAGCACCAUGUGGUUUUUCAGAUGCUAAAACCUCGUCCAAAGAUGCGAAGGAGCGUAAUGCAUCCAUGCGGAAACUUCUGAUAGAAGUUGUGCUCUACAUCAUAUUUAUGAGUGUAGAAGUUGUUGGAGGUAUUAAAGCGAACAGUCUUGCUAUAUUAACCGAUGCAGCUAUCCUCUUUUUAGAUGUUGCAGGAUUUGCCACUUCGCUGUUCUCGCUCUGGGCAGCAGGAUGGGAGGCAAAUCCACGUCAAUCUUAUGGUUUCUUCAGAAUUAAGAUAAUCGGUGAUCUGGUUUCAAUCCUAUUGAUGUGGCUUCUUACUGGGAUCCUUGUAUACGAAGCCAUUGCUAGACUUAUUCAUAAUACUGGUGAAGUUCAGGGAUUUCUUAUGUUUGUUGUUUCUGCAUUUGGUUUAGUUGUUAAUAUAGCAAUGGCAAUCUUGUUGGGUCAUGAUCACGGACAUGGCCAUGGUCACGAUCACGGGCACGGACACGGACACGGACAUGGACAUGGACAUGGACAUGGUGAUCAUUAUCAUGGACAUGGUGGAGAUGAUCAUAGGCACGAGGAUGGACAUGGUGAUGUGCCUUUGCUUAACACUAGUAAUUCCGAAGACGGGAAGAAACUGAAGGGUGGACCAAAACAGAAGCAGCAACGAAACAUCAAUGUACAGAGAGCUUGCCUUCUUGUACUUGGGGAUUCGGAUUCCAUUCAGAGUGUUGGCGUAAUGAUUGGUGGGGCAAUCAUAUGGUACAAGCCUGAGUGGAAGAUUAUUGAUUUGAUAUGCACUCUCAUAUUCUCAGCUAUUGUGUUGGGCACAACAAUCAGAAUGUUACGAAACAUUUUGGAGGUUCUGAUGGAGAGCACGCCUAGAGAGAUUGAUGCCACUAGACUUGAGAAGGGGCUUUGUGAGAUGGAUGAGGUUGUUGCCAUCCACGAAUUGCACAUUUGGGCAAUAACAGUUGGGAAAGUGUUACUAGCGUGCCAUGUCAAAAUAAAGCCCGAUGCUGAUGCUGACAUGGUUCUUGACAAGGUUAUCGAGUAUAUUAGGCGAGAAUACAACAUCAGCCACGUGACUAUUCAGAUAGAGCGCCAGUAGGCAGUAGUUCUGGGGAGAGAUCACUGGGUAUGUGGUGGUGGUUUUUUGGGUGAGCCGGGUGUCAGUUUUAACUUUUCAAAUUCUUUUACACCAGUUAAAUGAUCACAUCAACUAUGUAUUUGGCUGAUUUAUAUUUCUUUAGCAUACAUAUAGGUGGUGUUGACUGUUGAGGGAUAAUUUCUUAUGCGUUAUAUCAAU